UCAAGUACGAUUUAAAAUAGCGUCGUAAGGAUUUUUGGAGGAACCUUUCAUCGGCGUUUCAGAUUGUCGCACGGAACUUUAUCGGGCGAGGACCGAAAAUACACUGCCGCACCGAAGUAAGAAGAGGUUUGACAGGAAAAUGAUGAAGGAUUAAUGAAGCACAUCGCCGCCUCAAUGACACACGUCGGUCCCUGCGGAAGGAUUAUAGCAGGAGAGACGUGAAAUCUGAAGAUAUAAGUAACGCGUGGCUAUAAAUGAUGGAGUCGAGUCGUAGAAACGGUGUCAGCGGUGUCCUGUUCUCCUUGUCAAUGCUGUGUGUCAUCCUAGACCUCCAGCUGGAUGGUGUCUUGGGGGCCACUCAUGUAGAGAUUGAGCAGCACUUGGAAAUGGGCCGCAAACUCUUGGCUGCAGGUCAACUGGCUGAAGCCCUGUCCCACUACCACUCAGCUGUGGAGGGAGACUCAAAGAAUUACCUGACCUACUACAAGAGAGCUGCAGUGUUCUUAGCUAUGGGCAAGUCAAAGUCUGCUUUGCCAGACCUGACCAGAGCCAUCCAGCUCAAGCCUGACUUUCUAGCUGCCAGAAUGCAGAGAGGAAAUAUUCUCUUGAAGCAGGGCAACACUCAAGAGGCCAGGGAAGACUUUGAAGCGGUGCUUCAACGCGCCCCAGACCAGCAGGAGGCACAGGACCAGCUGAUGAAGGCUAAUGAGCUGGAGGAGCUGCAGGAGGAGGCCCAUGCUGCCCACCAUAGAGGAGACUACAGCACUACCAUCACCAUGCUGGAGCGAGUCAUAGAGAUAACCCCCUGGGACCCUACGUCGCGGGAGCUCCGGGCGGAAUGUUACAUCCGCCUGGGAGAUCCACAGAAGGCUAUCCAGGACCUCACGCCGACCACAAGGCUACGUAACGACAACCGCGCCGCCUUUCUUAAGCUCAGCAUGCUACACUACAGCCUCGGAGAGCACCAUGAGUCACUUAAUAACAUCAGAGAGUGUCUGAAGCUGGAUCAAGAUGAUAAGGAGUGUUUCAGCCAUUACAAGCAGGUGAAGAAGCUCAGCAAGCAGCUGGACACAGCAGAGGAGCUCAUUCAAGAGCAGAGGUAUCAGGAGGCCAUUGAUAAGUAUGAAUCAGUGAUGAAGACUGAGCCUACUGUCCUAUACUACACCAACCUAGCCAAGGAGAAGAUCUGCUUCUGCCUCGUCAAGAUUAAGGAGGUUUACAAGGCAAUAGAUGUGUGUUCAGAGGCCCACCAGAGAGACCCCCGCAAUGCCAACGUCCUACGAGACCGCGCAGAGGCAUACAUCCUCAACCAGGAGUACGAGAAAGCGGUGGAGGAUUACCAGGAAGCAAGAGAGUUUGACGGCGACAGCGCUGAGAUUAAAGAAGGGUUUGAACGCGCACAGAAACUGCUUAAAAUCUCCCGCAAGAGAGACUACUAUAAGAUCCUGGGUGUCAACAGGAGUGCCAACAAACAGGAAAUCAUCAAGGCGUACAGGAAGCUGGCGCAGCAGUGGCAUCCGGACAACUUCCAGUCCGAGGCUGAGAAGAAGGAGGCAGAGAAGAAGUUCAUCGACAUCGCCUCGGCCAAAGAGGUCCUCACCGACCCAGAAAUGAGGCAGAAAUUUGAUGCCGGCGAGGAUCCCCUGGACCCAGAGAGCCAGCAGGGCGGAGGAGGCGGACAGGGGGGCCCCGGCUGGCCCUUCCACUUCAACCCCUUUGAGUCUGGGGGCAACUUCCACUUCAAGUUCCACUACAACUAGAGAUGAGGACUCUCCUGAACUCCAGGGGUUGGGGGACUUUGUUGGGGUGAGACGCUUCAUCAUCAUCAGAAGUCAGCAGGCCAGGUAGAAAUCUGUGGAUGGACUCUGGAAUCUGAACUUCAGAACUUGUGCCUCAGCUCGGAUGUGUAUGAAUAUUGUGGUUUAUUUCAACCCUUUGGCAGGUUGACUUUAUAAAUACGGUUUCUGUAUAGCGGUGGCUUGAGUUGCACAGAAAAAAAACCUGGAUUUCGGACUUCUGGCUGCAAAACAAGUGAUACUUCUGGUGGUUACCAAUGAAUUCAUUUUAUUAUUGUGGUUGAAGACUCCCAAAGUGAAGUCCUGCAUUGAUGCUUCAGCCCUUCAAAAUGGCAUGAUGGCAGUUGAAAAACAGCCACACUGGUCCAAUUUCCUUUCUUUGGGACGUCUGGUCUUACUACUUUUGGCUUUCUUUGUGCCAUUCUUUGAUACUUUACCAAGGAACUCCUUUUUUUAAAGAAAAUGCAGUAGCUUUUCUCAUUUGGUUUGGAAAUUACAUCAGAGGUAUGGUAUGCAGUAUGCUGUCAGGUUUCUGCUUGCUGUUCGAGUGGAAAACCAAAAAUCUGAAAUUACGCAAAAAUUGUGCAUGCGGCUCACUCAAUUUUUGUGACCAUGUAAAAGAUUUUCUGUGCUAAAGAACCCCGAUCAGGGCUUCAGAUGUCAUUCAGAGACUCUUCCUUGAGCUCUCUGAGGACAAUAAACUGUCUUCUCUGUUGUCACUAAAUAGGAUGGACUUGGGGGGACUGACAGAUCCAAAAGUGACUCUUUAUAAAAGGAAAAAUUUUGUGAUUUAGAAGCGAACUCAUCUGGGUGUAAAAUUGAAACGUAAUGAAUGUAGUCACAACAGCCACUCCUGUUUUCUCUGGUCAAGUCAAAAUUAUUCUUGGGUUCCUAGCUGGCUUCUAGUUUUCUAGUGUGACAGACUUGCAAAUGUUCACAUUUAUUUAAUGAGCUACCAUAGUCUUCAUUGAAAACUGGGUGAAUUCUGUCUUGGGGAUUGUUUUUAUCCUUUAGUUGACAAAUUCCAUAUGAGCUGAGAGACCUCGGGAAUAUUCAUGUUGAGGAAUUUUACUUUUUCAAGAGCCCAAAACUUUUUAUCUGCAAAGGGAAACAGUAAUGUGUUUUUUGCAUUAGAAUAUUAAGGAAGCUCAAGUUUUACAGAUGGUCACCUGAAAAACCUGGAAGUUUUGCUUCCUGGGUAAAACAAUAGCAGCUACAUAACUGCAAUUGAAAUACUGCUGAUGGGGCUUUCCUCUUUUCACUCCUUAUAAAAAAGCAUUGGAGACUUUGCUUUGGAGACUUGCACCUUUUCUCUCUUGAAGAACCACUCCAGAAAUGUUACUCAUGGUGUUCCCUUGCUCUGCAAAGUCUUUUAAGGACUUUACACAAACCAGUUAUCACUAAAUUGACUUUUACAUGUGCCUCAUUUAUAGAAAGGUCUUUUGGUCAAGAUUUGUCUUUGAAACGUGCACAGUUGGAAACCAAUUUCACACACACAAUUCACAUUGUGAUAUUGAGCUUGGUAUGAAAAUGCCUGUCGUCAUGCUCUUUUUCUGUGAGAGCAGGAGGUUGACGGGCAUAUAUCGUGUUGUGGGCUCCUAUAUGAAAUAGGUGUAAGACGCCCAAGUAUACAUUAGUGAACGAAGUCAGAUUUUCGGGCAAAUCAGUUUGCAUUGUGAGAAUAACUGUCUCCCUGGCAGUUGUAGAAUAUGAAUGAUGCAACUUUUUGUGUAUCCUUGAACUCCCGAAGCACUUCUCAUUCAUCUGUAUGUGUACAAUUUUCAUUUUAAAUCACGUAAAUGCAUAACUGAACUUAAGAUCAAGUCGGAGGUAAAAUCAUGAAGUAUUUUUAUAAAUGAGGCCCAAGUUAAAUAGGAAAUAUUGCCGUAUAGGAUAAAUCGGUGACAAUGUUCUCUUUAGAUGACGACUGUCAUUUGUAGAGUACUGAGUAAAUGAUUAUUGACAAUAUUACUGACAAUGGGUUUGUAUGGCUUCUACCUUAUUUUAAGGACCUAACUGUAAAUGCUUUGAAUCCUAGUUACUCCUUGACUGUGUGAUCAACUGGUUGGGACAGAUUCAUUGUUACUGAUGCAAACUGUGUGGGUCAGGUUAAUUUCUCUGUUUCAAAUUGAGCGUUUUCAUUUUCGUCACUUUUUAUGUUGCCAAACUCUGUCCAAUGAAAUGUUCAAAUGCUGUACCUAUUAAAAUAUUUAAA